AUGGAGAAUGGUGGAGAAGGAAUGAGAUUCCGAGGCGUGAGAAAGAGGAAAUGGGGAAAAUAUGUGGCCGAAAUUAGGUCAGGAAAGAGAUCACGCAUAUCACUGGGGUCAUACUUCACUCCUCACGCUGCAGCUCGAGCUUAUGACACUGCGCUCUUGCGCCUGCGAGGCCCCACAGCAACAUCUUUCAAUUUUCCAGACUCGCGCUUCAAUUCAACAACUGCAUUGGAGGUGGCAAAUGCACAAGGAAAUCUUUCAGCCGACGAUAUUCGGGCUGCUGCCAUUGCGGUUGGCUCCGCCUUUGACACAAUUCCUGAGGGUCAUGGUGAGGAAUUAGCUGGGCCUUCCACAGUGGUGGGCACUAGCAUUCAAGAAGAAACAGCGGUUGAGGCUUCGAUCCAGUUCAGAGAAGCAUUAAACGAUGAAACUCAUCAAGUGACAGAGCAAGAGGAGAAUGAUGCCACAUAUCUGUUGCAAACUCCAGAACAUAUAUCAUUUGAGGAGAGCGUUCAAAUGGCUCCUCUUCAGCCUGAUUCGCACGUUUUAAUGCAGUCUUAUGACCAAUCCGAGCUUUUCCUCAAUUUAGCUGCUUGGGAUACGCCGCCAAAGCAACACCCUUAG